GAAUGCUGGGAUAAAGAUCCAGAAAACCGACCGUCAGCUAUUGAAAUUUAUGAAACUAUUUUAAAAUGGAAAAAUAGUACUGAAAUUUUGUCUGAAUUUUUAAAAUCUGAUAAAGAAAUGGUGAUCGAAAAUAAUAACAGUUUUAAGGAUAUGGAAAUUAGUACGUUCCAUACUAGUAAAUUCAUUGGUUAUAUUACAGAUGAAAUUAUUUCUGAUAACAAUAUCUGUAUUAAAGAUAUUGAAAAGCAUUAG